UUCCUACGCAUCAGAGAAGUUUUGGAACACUGGCUAAACUUUUUUUGAGCCCUCCCCCCACCUCUCUCACACUCAUUCCUCUGUCCGUUCCGGUGGUAGACCCGUGAUGGAGACUCAGAGUUCUUAAACUGCGCCGGUAGAAAAGUGACUCCUCGUGGUCGAUUACGGCGAGGAUAAUAACGGUAAAAGAGAUCUAGAAUGGAGACGGUUGAGCAGCUCGUUUCGUUUAACCAUAUCCAAGUCCAGCUGAAGGGAGGCUCGCCUUGGGGGUUCACGCUGAAAGGAGGUCUCGAACACGGAGAACCGCUCAUCAUCACUAAAAUAGAAGAUGAUGGAAAGGCAGAACAGUGUAACAAGCUGAGGGUGGGAGAUGAGCUGGUGAAUAUUAAUGGAUCAGCCCUGUAUGGUUCACGACAAGAGGCCCUCAUCCUCAUCAAGGGAUCCUAUAGGAUACUGAAGAUCACCGUACGCAGACGCAGUAUACCUGUGAUCAGGCCUCACUCCUGGCAUCUGACCAGGCUGUCAUCAUCAGAGUCCCCCCCCAGUUCUACCCCUCUCCCCUCCCCCCCGCCGACACCCUCCCCCUCCUCCCCGCCCUGCCCCCCCCUCUGCCAUGCAGCUCCACCCUGGGCCCUACACACUACCCUGGCACUCGACAGCAGACACCAGCUAUUACUGGACAGGACUGUGUUGUUGUGGGUGCACGUGCCUAUCUGUGCUGUGUGUAUAAGGGAGUUUGGUGAUCUGCCUAUCCAGUGGAAUCAGCUCUCCAGACACUACUCCACAGACCACAGCAGUUCUUUAGGUAGCAUGGAGAGCCUGGAGCCUCCUAGCAGCCAAGUGUACUACGAUUCCCAGAAUUCACCAGUGGACCCUGCCAUCUUCAACAACAAGAGGGACUACAAUUCCCCUGUUGACCCCGGCAUCUUCAACAACAAGAGAGACUACAAUUCCCAGAAUUCCAUAGUGGACCCUGCCAUCUUUAACAACAAGAGAGACUACGAUUCUCAGAAUUCCCCAGUGGACCCUGUCAUCUUCAACAACAAGAGAGACUACGAUUCCCAGAAUUCCCCUGUCGACCCUGUCAUCUUCAACAACAAGAGAGACUCUGCCUAUAGUUCUUUUUCAGCUAGUUCUAAUACGUCUGACUAUACUGUCUCACUGAGGCCUGGUGAAGCCUGCUCCAUGGACAAUAUCCUCCAGAGCCUGGGGCCAGGGGGGCCCACCAGCCAGGGGUAUGCCUGCGGCGAUGCACCGUCCCUGGGGAGGGAGUCAGGCGAGCCCCAAGAUGAGACCAGGACCUCUGCCUUACUAAAGUCUGGGUCGCUGACCAGACCCAGACCACCGACCAGGAAGGACAGUUUCAGGGCCACCCGGGGUUGCUCAGGGGUCACAGAUGUCAAAGUACAACGAUGCAUCCCUGACCCCGUCGGAAUUCCCAGCCUCUCCCAUUGCCAUGCCGAAGACGAUGACGACGAUCUUCUGAACAUUCCGGGCGUUCUGAGCAACAACAGCUAUCCUGCUACUAGUGAGACAUCAAAGACUGAGGGAAACAGAAAUGGAAACAGGGUUGGGAAUUUCAAAGGUGAUUCAUUAGAGCAGUACUACACCCUUAUCUCCAAGAAAAAAAGUUCCCGUAAGGACAGCAACUCAGUGAUCCAGAAUAGCCACCCAGACCCCCUUUCCCCCCUACUCCCUGCCCCAGAGAUAAGCUCCACUUCUCCCAUCUCAAGCUCCGGCCCUCCUGACACCUCCAUAGAUCCAGAACCCUUAGGGGAGCCCAGCCACCUCCUCCCCCAGAACAAGCACUCCUCAUUAGGUCUCUACAGACACAGCGCCCCUGAGAAACUCUUGUCCCAGCUACGUCUCCUAGAGUUCUCCAGCGACCCCUCAGACCCUUCAGACCGUAGCUCCGCCUCCCCCUCCAGCUCCCAGUGGUCUCAUUCCCCCUUUCACCCCACCAGAGAGAACCUAUCUGAGGAUCUAGGGAGUAACAACGCCCCUGUCCAACUCCAGCAGAACCAGGGGAAAUGGGGAGAGGGUGUUGGAGGAGGAGGGAGUCGCUGCUCUUCCCCAGGAUUGGUGGACAUCGAUGGGGAGAUGGGAUUGGUGGUAGGGGGGGCUGCUGCUACUCUCCUCUCUCCCAUCCAGCUCCAACACCCUUGGGCUAGGUCAUUGAGUGUACCAGGCGAACGCUUCGCCACGAACCUCCGAAAUGAGAUCCAGCGCAAGAAAGCUCAGCUGUCGAAGAGCAAAGGCCCAGGAGGGUUGCUCUACGGCGGGGAGACGGUCGAGGAAGAAGAGGGUCCUGACCUGGAGGACCUCCAGAGGGAAGAGGCUGACGAUCUCAAGGAAAGGUGCUCCCAGGAAAGGUGCUCCCAAGGCAGGUACACCUCGUCUGAUGACAGCCGAUCAGCUCCAGCCCCUGGAAGUCUACUGGCCUCUACUUCCACACCCCAGCUCCACCAGCUGUCCCCAACCCCAGUUUCAGCUCUGCAACCCCCCAGGGAUGAAGAUCCUGAACCACCAGAGGACCAAGACCAAGCGUCAGACCCAUCCAGGACCACCCAGAGGUUGGUUCCAGCCAUGCUCAGCUGCGAUGUGGGAACCCAGGUGGUGGAGGAGCAAGAUCCAGCUGGUAUGGCUCGCCAAUGGAGGUGGACGCCCGAACACCAUCUCCAACUGGAAAUGGACACCGACCGUCAGGGCGAGAGGGUUACAGGGGCCCUGGGGUUAUCAGGACGAGGAAGAGCAACCUCCUCCUCUUCCUCCACCAUCACUCGUUCUUCUCGUACGGAGGAGUGUGAUGUUCUUCCUUUCGCGGAUCGUUGUAAGUUCUUUGAGGAGACCAGUAGGAGUAUGUCUGUGUGGAAUCUGCCAGGCCUGACGAGUCGAAGACAGAGGCCAGAUAGACACGGGAGGCAGCCUCAUCCAGCCACGCUGGAUAAUCAGGGAGGGGGCUACGGACAGGGAAAAGCCCAGCGGAGGGAGCAGAGACUAUGCGAAGAGAAGGCUAGACUGAGAGAGAGGGAGAGAGAACGAGAGAAGGAGAUUGAGCUGGCGAGGGAAUGUGAGAGGGAGAUAGAGAGACAAGGAGAGAGGGAGAGAGAGUCACUCAGUACAGCUCGGGACCUCUACAACACUCGGACUCAGCCCCAGGCAUACCAGAAGAACCAGCCCCACUCCUGCCCCCAUCUCCAAGCCCAGAUAGAGGCCCCUCAUUCAGCCUUCCAACCUGUCAAAACCCCUCUCCUCCAGGACAACCAGGCUCCACAUCAGGGGUACCUACCCUAUGGCUACACACCAACAGAGAAGUAUCCUGUCCCAUCCCAGCCGUUACCGCGGGAACAAACACAAAUCAACAGGAAGUUCAGCCUGACCGAGAGGGACUACCCGCGGUACAGACGUGAUUCCUGCACCAGGCCACCAGAUUGUGCUAUAACAGUUACACCACACCACCACCACCAGCUGGGUCGGAGUGGCAGGCUGUCUGCCUGUAGUGUGGAUGAUCCCACGUCUUCAUCAUCGUCUUCAUCACUACGAAGUAGGGCCAUGUCGGAGAAUGAUCUACGCUUCGACUCCACAUACCACCGUACUUCCCCCUCGGUUGCUACAGCGACACCGCUUUCAGAGCUGGAGGAGGGAGGCGGGGUUGGUGGAGUGGGAAGUGCUAGGGGAGUGGCUACCAGGAAGAAAACCCCACCCCCUCCCAGGCCGCCUCCCCCCAAAUGGGAAGCGUUCCACCGAAGGAGAGCGUCCCACCACACCCUCUUCGCCUCUUCUCUCUCCUCCACCUCUUCUUCAUCAGUCCAUCCUCUCCCUCUCAGUCCACCAGAGGGUCUAUGCUCUCACUCUCCUCACACCCCGUGUCCCACAGAAACAUCCAAAAUGACGCAUCAGCGCUCUUACAGCCUCCCCCCUCAGAGGGAGGAGCUAGAAGGGUGCCAGCACUGUAGCCUGAGCCAGCUCCAGGAACGCCCCUUUUCACAAGCCACGCCCAGUCCCCGGUUCACACGCAGGACCUUCCGGCCGGUGGCUCCACAACAUAGAGAGAGAGACACACCCACUCAUUACGACAACUCACUGCCCCCUCUACCACCAUCAGACAACCAAGCCAGGCUAUGCAACAUGGAUGAUCAAGAUCGCCCUGCUGUGUUGAAGCCCAUCUCUCAUAGACAGCAGAGGGCUGGUGCUGAGUGGGAGAGAACUCCAUCUCCCAGGGUGCAUAGCGUCUCAGCCCUCCCCACCAUAGAGAAUGGUGCUAUCUCUCUCGAGUCCUACUUUGCUAUGAGCUACGAGCAGCAGCAACAGCUACAGAACAGUAGAAGAUUCCGGAAUCAUCCCCACAACAACAAUAACAACAAACCAGAAUUGGAACCCGACUUGGAACUGGAACCAGGUUUUAGCCCGAGCUCCGCCCAGAGCUUGGAACAGGAAGUGGACAUCCCCAUGGAAACAGACAUUGACGAUUUCCAGGAGGAGGGGCUUCCUGAGGAUGAAGAGCCAAUCAGGACAGAGCUCCAGUGUUUUGCUCUGCCCGUCACGGUUCUGGAGACAGACAUCGAUACGCUGCCUGACCAGGAGGCCUCGCCGGCAGGUAGGAAGACUGCAGAGACUGGGUCCCUGGAUGGGGAGAUGGAGGACCAGGGGAUGGGGACCAGAGAGGGACUCAUGGAGGAGCUAUUCCCCCAGAGCGGUGAGGGCAAGGCGGGCACAGAGAGAUGGAGAGGGGCCUACCGUAGCUCAAACUCUGAGAAAAACACUGACAGCCUGGAUAGGCAUUCUGGUGCCAGCUCCAGUUGUUCGUCCUAUUAUUCUACCUCAGCAGCCAAGGCUCAGCUCCUCACUCAGAUGAAAGACUACUGCUCAGAUGCCAGAGAUACUGACCACGAUGACCAACUGUCUUAUAAGAAACAGUUGAUGGAAAGUCUCCGUAAGAAGCUAGGAGUUCUGAGAGAAGCACAGAGAGGUCUACAGGAAGAUAUACGGGCUAACACACAGCUGGGAGAAGAGGUUGAGAGCUUGGUUGUAGUGGUCUGUAAACCCAACGAGGUGGAUAAGUUCAGGAUGUUUAUCGGGGACCUGGAUAAGGUUGUCAGUCUGCUGCUGUCUCUCUCUGGUCGGCUACUGAGGGUGGAGAGCUCCCUGGCCAACCUGGACGCUGAGACUGGACACCACGAGAGGCUCCUCCUCCUGGAGAAGAAGCGACAGCUACAGGUCCAGCUGUCUGAAGCUCAGGACCUGAAGGAACACGUUGACCACAGAGAGCAGGCUGUAGGAAGGGUCCUGGGACGAUGCCUCUCCCCAGAACAGCACCGUGACUACAGCCACUACGUGAAGAUGAAGGCAGCAUUACUGGUGGAACAGAGACAGCUGGAGGAGAAGAUCAGACUGGGAGAGGAGCAGUUAAGGGGGCUGAGGGAGAGUCUGGGGUUGGGGUUAGGGUUAGGGCUGUCCAUGGGCUAUGGACACUAUUAAACCAACCAGGAAACCUUAAAGCUGGGGUUAGGGCUGUCCAUGGGCUAUGGACACUAUUAAACCAACCAGGAAACCUUAAAGCUGGGGUUAGGGCUGUCCAUGGGCUAUGGACACUAUUAAACCAACCAGGAAACCUUAAAGCUGGGGUUAGGGCUGUCCAUGGGCUAUGGACACUAUUAAACCAACCAGGAAACCUUAAAGCUGGGGUUAGGGCUGUCCAUGGGAUAUGGACACUAUUAAACCAACCAGGAAACCUUAAAGCUGAGGUUAGGGCUGUCCAUGGGCUAUGGACACUAUUAAACCAACCAGGAAACCUUAAAGCUGGGGUUAGGGCUGUCUAUGGGCUAUGGACACUAUUAAACCAACCAGGAAACCUUAAAGCUGGGGUUAGGGCUGUCCAUGGGCUAUGGACACUAUUAAACCAACCAGGAAACCUUAAAGCUGGGGUUAGGGCUGUCCAUGGGCUAUGGACACUAUUAAACCAACCAGGAAACCUUAAAGCUGGGGUUAGGGCUGUCCAUGGGCUAUGGACACUAUUAAACCAACCAGGAAACCUUAAAGCUGAGGUUAGGGCUGUCCAUGGGCUAUGGACAGUAUUAAACCAACCAGGAAACCUUAAAGCUGGGGUUAGGGCUGUCCAUGGGCUAUGGACACUAUCACAUUGACAUGGGAAGAGCCUCAGUCUUGGCUUGGGUGGUUGGUCUAGAAAUAGAGGAGAACCUUGUUGGACUGGUUAGGGAUGGGACAUGGGAGGAUGGGCCUGGGGCAUGGGCUUUACUGAAAGGCCAGGAAGAAGAGAAGGUUAGUGGGUUAUGGUAGAUCCUGGGCUUGGAGAUGGGCCUGGGGUAUAGGCACUAUGGGGAGACAGCCAUCCUACACACUGAGACCCUACAGGAUGGGGAUAUGGGUACCACUGAACAACCCCAGCCAUCCUACACACUGAGACCCUACAGGAUGGGGAUAUGGGUACCACUGAACAACCCCAGCCAUCCUACACACUGAGACCCUACAGGAUGGGAUAUGGGUACCACUGAACAACCCCAGCCAUCCUACACACUGAGACCCUACAGGAUGGGGAUAUGGGUACCACUGAACAACCCCAGCCAUCCUACACACUGAGACCCUACAGGAUGGGGAUAUGGGUACCACUGAACAACCCCAGCCAUCCUACACACUGAGACCCUACAGGAUGGGGAUAUGGGUACCACUGAACAACCCCAGUACGUCCUAAAAAAAAAGUGCUGCCCAACUUUUCAAAAAACACUUCAGUCCAUUUUUCUUGACACUCAAAACUUAUUGAGAGUGUUUUAAGUCUUCAGUUGGUAGUAUUGGUGAAUUAAAAACACACACCUACCCUUUGGUGUUACAUUGGGGAUCAUUAACUUACCGACAUGAUUCUCACAAUCACACACACACUACGUGGUGAUGGACGUUGUUGUUGUUUAGUGAGCGUGUGUUCCUGAAGAGGCCUGGAGAAAGUAUUUAUUUAUUUAUAACUUCUCUGUAGACGACAGGGAGACUGGGGUGCUAAAAGAGUAUUUUUCCGUUAAACUGUUGAACAUAAUCAAAUAAUCUGUGCAGAAAAAGAGAGAAAAGCUCCUUCUUUCUCUCCACUUAUAAUCCAUUAUGUCCCAAUAUUAUCUCUACCAUACUACUUAGCAUCCAUGGACAACACAUUAUUCACUACAUACUCAGUAGUUUACAAUAUCCACUCAUAAUCCAUUAUGUCCCAAUAUUAUCUCUACC